AUGAAAAAUGUACAAAAAUUUGCUUACUUUAUGGUUUUGGAUUUUGAAGCAACUUGUGAACAAGACAAACAAAUUUCAGUUGCUGAAAUUAUCGAAUUCCCCGUUCUCAUGAUAAAUGCUUCUACAUUGCAAACUGAGGCUAUUUUCCAUCGCUAUGUUCGUCCUACUGUUAAUCCAACAUUAAGCGAUUUUUGUACAGAACUCACUGGUAUAAUACAAUCCAUGGUAGACGAUCAACCGGAUUUACCGACUGUACUCAAAACGUUUGAUUCAUUUUUAGAUGAUAAUAAUUUAAAGAUAAUUCCGUAUCAAUUUGCUUUUGUGACGUGUGGUGACUGGGAUUUAAAAACAAUGUUACCAAAGCAAUGCAAGGUUCUAGGUAUAGAUGUUCCUGACUACUUCAAACAAUGGAUAAAUUUAAAACAGGUAUAUUGCGGUGUGAUGGGUCAAUUUCCAUUCGGUAUGAUGUCCAUGCUGUCGGGACUAAAUAUAAAACACACUGGUCGUCAUCACAGUGGUAUUGAUGAUUGUCAUAAUAUCGCAAAUAUUUUAUGUGAAUUGAUUCGAUGUGGUGCUACUCUAGAUAUUACUGGAAACAUAAAAUAG